AUGGCGACGAGCGACCUCGUUCAGAAGCUCGAGAAACUCUCCAUAAAGCCCUCUACGACCAUCAGCCAUGCCGAGACAAGCUCUCCUGGGGCGUGGAAGGACGCCUUGACCGCGUCGGGGUCAGCGCCGGCCUCGUUUGAACUCGUCAAAACCCUGGUCUACAAGCCGAAAACCGCGAAAACGGCCACCCCCGUCCCAGUCGUUGUCAUUGCGCGCGAGGAGACGGAGACGAACUCGGGCGCGAUUGGCAAGAAGCUCAAUCUGAAGGAGCUUCGUCUCGCGUCGGAAGAUCUCCUCACAGAAUUCUUCUCACUCGACAAAAACUCUGUAUCGCCUCUCUCACUUAGCGAAUCCAACUUUUCACGCGUACUGACUGUCCUGGACCCAUCGAUCGCCUCAUCAUCUUCUACCUUCGCCAUUCACGCCAACUCGUCCAGCGAGACUGUCUUCCUCUCCGGAAAGGACAUCCAAUUGUUUCUCAAGAGGCUCGAGACCGCCGAUGUCAAGGUCCAAGAGCUCGACUUCCAAGCCCUCGCAACCGCUCCUGUUGCUGCUGCCUCAGCAUCGAAAUCUGCGGCGAAGGAGAAGGAGGAUGCAAAGAUCGAGGGUGCUGUUCAGAUCGCCAUUGGUGUCAAGAAGGAGCUAGAUUUCCCGACGUGGUACACCAACGUAUUGAUCAAAGCAGACAUGCUCGACUACUACAGCGUUAGUGGCUGCUACAUCCUCAAGCCAUGGUCGUAUAGCAUCUGGGAGGAGAUUCAAAGCUGGUUCAACACUGAGAUCAAGGAACUCGGCGUCCAGAACUCGUACUUCCCCAUGUUCGUCUCGCAGUCGGUGCUGGAACGAGAGAAGAACCACAUCGAGGGAUUCUCUCCGGAGGUCGCCAGUGGGUCCUCCGAUCUCGAAGAGCCCAUUGCCAUCCGCCCGACAUCAGAAACGGCCAUGUAUCCUUAUUAUGCCAAAUGGAUUCGCAGCCACCGCGACCUCCCGUUGAAGCUCAACCAAUGGAACAGCGUAGUGCGAUGGGAGUUCAAGAACCCGCAACCAUUCCUGCGUACCCGUGAAUUCCUGUGGCAAGAGGGCCAUACUGCGCACCUUACCAAGGCUGAAGCGGACGUCGAAGUCCGGCAGAUCCUUGACUUGUACCGCCAGGUGUACGAGGACCUCCUCGCGGUGCCGGUCAUCCCUGGUAUCAAGUCGGAGAAGGAGAAGUUCGCUGGAGGGUUAUACACGACCACGCUCGAGGGCUACAUACCAACAUCCGGGCGCGGUAUCCAGGCCGCAACGUCGCACUGCUUGGGCCAGAACUUCUCCCGUCCGGAGAUGUUCAACAUCUUCGUCGAGGACCCAAACGAUGGGUCGAAGUCGUACGUCUGGCAGAAUUCAUGGGGUCUGUCGACGCGUGCGAUUGGUGUGAUGGUCAUGGUGCACGGCGACAACCAGGGGUUGGUGCUUCCUCCGCGCGUAGCGAGCAUUCAAGCCGUCAUCGUUCCUUGCGGUAUCACCGCGAAGACGACAGAUGAGCAGAGGACUCAGAUCAACAACGCCUGCGAGGACCUCGCGAAGACGCUGAAGAAGUCAGGCAUUAGGGCCAAGGCUGAUUUGCGCGAAGGUUACACCCCAGGAUACAAGUUCAAUGACUGGGAACAGAAGGGUGUCUCCCUUCGUCUCGAAAUUGGACCUAACGACCUCGCCAAGCAACAAACGCUCUCAGUUCGUCGUGAUAACGGCGUCAAGAACCCCAUCCCGCUCGCCAACAUCGGUCAAACCGUCGAUGCGCUCCUCAAGACCAUCCAGAGCGACCUUUUCACACGGGCCAAGGAUCAGUACGACGCGCGUGUCGUGGAAGUGACCAAGUGGGAGGACUUCGUCCCGGCUCUGGACAACAAGUGCAUUGUGGCUAUUCCCUGGUGUGAUUCCGAGACGUGCGAAGACGACAUCAAGGAACGCAGUGGAAGAGCUGCUGAACCUCAGGAUGAGCGUGCGCCGUCUGCUGGUGCCAAAUCGCUCUGCAUUCCGUUCGACCACUCACGUUGGACUCCAAUCGAGCUGGGCAAGACCAAGUGCCCGGCGUGCAAUAAGGACGCGAAGCACUGGACCUUGUUUGGGCGCUCGUACUAA